GACGGCCGGGCGCUGUGUGGGCCAUGGUGCAGCUGCGGCCGCGCGCGUCCCGCGUCCCGCCGUCGGCGAUGGUGGACGAGGGCCAGCCCGCCUCCGAGGAGGAGGAGGAGGCGGAGCACGGCCUGUUGCUCGGGCAGCCCAGCAGCGGCGCGGCCGCGGAGCCGCUGGAGGAAGACGACGAGGAAGGGGACGACGAGUUUGACGACGAGGCCCCGGAGGAGCUGACUUUCGCCAGCGCCCAGGCGGAAGCACGAGAGGAGGAGCGGCGGGUUCGGGAGUCGGUGCGCAGGGACAAAACGCUCCUGAAGGAGAAGAGGAAGCGACGCGAGGAGCUGUUCAUCGAACAAAAGAAAAGGAAACUCCUUCCGGAUAACAUUCUAGAGAAGUUAACUACAGCCGAACAGACUAACAUCAAGAAAUCAUCAGGAAAGUUGAAAGAAGCGAAUUUGCAGAAGGAAAAUGAAGACUGUGACAAAGGAAGUGAUUCCAAGAAAGCUAAAGUACAAAAAGUACAGUCUGUCGGCCAGAAUAAAAGCUACUUGGCUCUAAGGCUAAAAGAUCAAGAUCUGAGAGAUUCAAGACAGCAAGCAGCAAAAGCCUUUGUACAGAAUUCUUUAUAUGGUCCAGGAACCAACAGGACUACUGUAAAUAAGUUCCUGUCUCUUGAAAAUAAGAGGUUACCAGUGAAAAAGGCUGCAGCCCAGUUUCUGAAUAAUGCUUGGGGAACUCAGAAAAAACAAAAUGCCAAGAGGUUUAAAAGACGGUGGAUGGUCAGAAAGAUGAAAACUUCUAAGAAGUAAAUCAAAUGAAGUAAAUGAAGGAUGAGAACUUGUAUGUAUAGGACUCAGUUAUCUGGUUUAGAAAAUGCUCUUAAAAAGAUCUAAUAAAUGAUUUAUAAAGA